AUGGCAGACAAGGCAAACGGAACAAACAGUCAUGAAAUCGAAUACGUCGAACGCGAUGAAAUCUACGAAACAAAAUCCGAGUUCUUAGAAAAACUGUUUACAUAUUCCGUCGUAAAAGACGCCUACAUUUACGUCAACAAUAAUAAAAUCGGCAAUGCCGCUAUCAACGCAGUAAGCACCGUCGGCAAAAUAACAACGGCUCCAGUCAUGUCUAGAUUUCCAGAGAUGUCCAAAAAUGUUGAUCAUUUCGCUGCUGGAGGUGUAGCUCUUGUAGGUGACACCUUCCCUCUAACCAAAGCAUCCGCUGGAGAAAUCAUCACCGGAGUCACCACUCCCGCCAAACAAACCAUUUCCUCCAUUCAAUCAACAAUCGACACAAAGGUCACUACCCCCAUCAACCACCAAGCACGAAAGAUUGCAUCUCAAGUAUGCGAGCAAAUCACUCCUCUUGCACGAAACGUUGAUAAAAGUCUAGAACCAAUCAUCAACAAAUACGGUGGGUUGGUCGAUUCGUGGCUUCCCGCAGAAGAAAGCGAAACCGAAGAAGAGAAGAGCGAUUCAUACCAAACCUACAGAGCUUACUCUUUGACAAGCAAGGCUCAGCGAAGACUCUCGAAACGACUCAAGCGUCAAAUCUCCAACACUCAGACCUUCACCGCCUCCCAAUUGCGUCAGAUUCAAGAUUCCAACAAUCUUCUCCGACAAGCUACCGAGACCGUUGCUACUCUCAAUGGUAAAUUAAACGAACUUGUAGUAACCGCCAAGACAAAUGCCGUGUCUCUCAGAGACACCGUACAGAAUCAGGACCUUGGUUCUACCUUGCAAAGUCUCUCAAAGAACCUUCUCACUACUACCGACUCGAUCGCCAAGUACAUCAAAGAGAACACAGGUCAACUCCCAGACUAUAUCCAAGAUUCUCUCACCCCCAUGGUCACCUUUUUCAAUGAGGUUUACGGCGACGUCAUGAAGGAAUUUCCAAAGGAUGAUGCUAAUGCUUUACAGAAGGCCAAGUACAUUGUCCACGUAACUUCACAACACACUCUCCCCGUUCUCCAGCGGUCACUCACUGAUCUGUCUGCUUCCUUAGACAGUUAUCGUACUACAUUCAAUGGUACUCUUGCUAGUACCACCGAGGCUGCAAGGGGCUACCUCGCUCCCAAUAAAACUGUUGGCGUUAACUAA